AAUCACGUGACACAUAUAUCACUGGGAGAAUGGUGACAUAAUAACAUCCUUGUUAAAGACGAGCAGACGGUGAAAGCAAUAUGGCGGAGAAAAAUGAUCGUCUGAACUGUAGCAUUUGUUUAAACGACUUCAAGAAGCCUAAAAUCUUGGACUGUUUUCAUUCAUUUUGCGAGAGUUGCCUAAGUGAUUAUGUCAGUAAAUUUGAAGAAAAUGGCGAAUUUAUGUGUCCGUUGUGUAGACGUACUAUUCCAAUCCCCACUGGUGGGGUGAAGGACUUGGCUUCUAAUGUUUACAUUGAAGAAAGACAAAGCGUCAAUCAACCUGAAAGCAACCCACCAUGUAAUAUUUGUGAUAAGGAUAACCAAUCACAAUUCCGCUGUAAAGAUUGUGACAAAUUCCUGUGUGACUCAUGUAAAAAUACUCACGAUUUGUUAGUCAGCGGCUUGAAUCAUUACGUCAUAUCACUUGACGAAGACGAUCCAGAUGACGUCAAACCUGUGCGCCAUGUCAUUUGUCAACAUCACCAGAAGAAGUUUGCAGUUUAUUGUUCAGACUGUUCCAAAGUAAUUUGUUCUAAAUGUUCAAAGAAAAAACACGAACAUCAUACAGUAAUAAGCACUGAUGUCACUAAUGUAACUAGAGCCAGUCUAUGGAAACUAAUGAAGGACAUAGACCGUAAGAUACAACGACUGUGUGAUUGCCGAGAUGUGGUAAAAACGUCAUCGUCUGAACUCCACCAAUCUAUCACAACCGCCUGUAAGUUGGUGGAUCAGCAAGUUACGAUUAUUUGUGAAAUAGUAAAAUCUUAUGGCGAAAAGUUCAAACUAGACAUCAAGAAAUCCCAGAUUGAUGAAGCGAAUCUCAACCAGAUGCACGAAGAACUCAUCACCUUAAUCGAUGAAUUAAAAACAGGUAUUGCCGAAUUAUCUGACGAUUUGUCAACCGGUGAUUCUGUGGAUUUAUUAGAUGGGUUUUCUGAUCUGAGAAAAAAAUUAACGGUUAUAGAAAAGAAACCGUUUUAUAUUCCAGAUUUUAAGAUACCAAGUCUGAAGUUGGGGGAGGAAUACUGUCAGUCGUUACGUAAUGCAAUAGGACAGGUAGAAUAUACUCAAUCAAUACAACAUACUUUUAGUUUAAUUGCUAAUGCUACCGAAAAGACUUUGUCAAGUCCAUGUUAUAUUGUGCAGGGUACUCCUCUGUGUAUUGAAUUAGAGUAUGAAACAUGCGGCUAUUUUUACGUCGACCUUAAAAUGAUGGAAGGUGCUUUUGAAUCUAGGGUCACGCUCGAAACAAGUCUGGAUACUCGAACUUGGCAAAGACCAAACCAAAAACGCCAAUACUUCUGGAAAAUAAAUCCAUUUUUUCCUUCUUAUCGAAUUAUGCAGACCCUCGAAACCGUAACAAUUAAAGCAAUAUUUACAACCCCGAAUCAGGAUAUGGCAAUUGCUAUUAUUUAACAACAUAAAAUAUAUACUGUUUUUGUUAGUUUGGAAAUAAAUGUAAAUAAAUAACACACGUUUGGAACCUUCGUAACAAUGGGACAUCAUAUCGCAAACUAGAAAUUUCAGAUGAUCGGUUGAAAUAUUGAAUAGACACGGAGAAACGAUAUAGAAAAAACCGUAUCCAGUAUUGAGUUGUUAAAGUCCUGAUGCGCCAUUUUAAGCAAUAAGAAAAAAUUACAAACAACAUGAUUGUGACAGACAAAUCUCUAAUAGAAAUAUCAGUCUAAAAAUGGUUCAGUUCCGUUCAGUAUUUACAAAGAUAUGUGGAAUUGAAAUUUCAUCAUCUAUGAUGUUCGAGCGUAACAAGAGGUCGCUGUAUAUUAUCGGUAGAAACCCGAUAGGCCUAGUUUACAUCUGAUUUUAUUGUCUUAAUCAAUCUGAGUAUAUACUAACGUGUAUUGAGCCGUGAGAAAUUUGAUAUUUUUGCUAACAUCCAAAUGGCGCAUCGAGACUUUAAAGGUGGGAACUUGAUUAAACCAUAUCUUCAUCUAAGAAAAUGUUUAUAAGUUCUUUCUGUUAUUUAUUUAAAGAUGCAUUAUGUAAGAGAUAACUCGGCCUAUCACAUGUCUUUGUUUUGGCUUCAAAUGUUAUAAAAACUAUUUUUCUAGAUAUCUAUUCACAUGACAAGUCCAUAAUUAACUCUUCGAUGGAUGAGAUUUAAAUGGAUUGAAAACACGAUCGCCAUUUAAUAAUUUAAUGUAAAAAUGGAUAAUCUAGACUUAGUCUCGAUUGUCAAGUAAAGUUGCUAUACCUAAGCUACAUCUCUAAACACUGAGGUGAUAUAUUCACUCAGAAUAAAGUAAUUUGAAUGAAAUUUUCAAUAUAUUCAUUUUUCAUUAUCUAUAUUGGAACUAUUAUAAUAGCAGGAAGGUCCAACUCUAUCUAAAUCUUUCAUAAUGCAUCUGUAAGCAUAUAUGUACUGAUAUUGAUAGACAAGAAUGAAAGUAUAAAAUACAAACCUUUUAUAAGAUGGACUUUUAUAGAAUCUUAUUUAAAUACUAAUGUUAGAAUAUAAAGUAUUACAUUGUGUAUAUUUAGAUGUUUGAAUCACCAUGUAGUAACUCAAGUCCAUCUUUUAUUGUAAGAUCUGUUGAAUCAGGGUUUUUCUUCUCUCUUGACGGUACUUAUUAUGGAAGUAUUAGAGUACAACUAAUACCACCAUUGUAUGUAUUAUAAAUUUCCUUCUGUAGAGAAAUACACCAUCUUAAUCAGAAGUAAAAAUAUGACUUUAUAAUUAACCCGCUAAAUUUAUAGUUUUUUAUUCAUUCGGUGUAUAAUAAUUAUACAUGUAAUUAUUUAUGUAUAUAAUUAUUUCUGCAAUGGGUCUUUACGAAAAUAAAGAUUAUUAGAUUCAGUAUUUGUUGGGUUUCUUUUAGUAUCGAGAAUAAAGAUUGUUAGAUUCAG